AUACAAAACACACUUCACAUUUAUUUCCUUUCUCUUUUUGUUCAACACUUUCUUCUGCUACAAAAUAACAAACCCUACUCAUUCAUUCUUCUUCUUCAUCGCUUUCUCUCUCUCUACAACCGGCAUUGUCAUUCUCUGCGUCGAGACGAUGGGACAACAAUCGUUGAUCUACAGCUUUGUUGCUCGGGGCACUGUCAUUCUCGCUGAAUACACCGAGUUCACCGGUAACUUCACCGCAGUCGCUGCGCAGUGUCUUCAGAAACUUCCUUCAUCGAACAAUAAGUUCAAUUACAACUGUGAUGAUCAUACCUUCAAUUACCUCGUUGAUAGCGGAUUCACUUACUGUGUUGUUGCUGUUGAGUCUGCUGGACGGCAGAUUCCAAUCGCUUUCCUUGAACGUAUCAAGGAAGAUUUUAGCAAGAAAUAUGCUGGAGGAAAAGCUGAAAAUGCAGCUGCUAAGAGUCUCAACAAAGAGUUCGGAUCUAAGUUGAAGGAGCAGAUGCAGUACUGUGUUGAACACCCAGAGGAGAUUAGCAAGCUUUCUAAAGUGCAAGCUCAGGUUUCAGAGGUCAAAGGAGUUAUGAUGGAGAAUAUUGAGAAGGUUCUAGACCGCGGGGAGAAAAUUGAGCUUUUAGUAGACAAGACAGAGAACCUUCGCUCUCAGGCACAAGAUUUCAGGCAACAUGGAACCAAGCUUAGGAGAAAGAUGUGGUUCCAAAAUAUGAAGAUAAAGCUAAUUGUUCUGGGUAUCAUAAUUGCCCUAAUUCUCAUUAUUGUUCUUUCAAUCUGUGGUGGCUUCAACUGUUCUAAAUGAAUGAACCUUUCCGUUGGUGGCUUCAACUAUGUCAAAGUCUCUCCCACUCGAUAUGAUUUUCGCUAGCUGAUUGCAAUUGCCUCUACUAUCCAUAGUGCUUUUGACCUUUUGAGAUUUACAUUCUUCUUACAUCUAUGAUAUUCAUCAGUUUUAUAUGACACUGUUUGUAUAGUGUGCAAUGCUAGUCUUCACUUCACCAUUUUGUCUCACAUAGUUUAGUGCUAAUUUGUCGUUCUCUAUAUAGUUUAGGUGGGAUUUUCAGCAUUUCGUGAGGAUUAUGAUGUUUUCUCUAUUACAAACCAGCCAUUGCUUAGUUAAGUUUCAUAUUGCCUAUUUUUCUUUA